UUCAUCGAUUUUCUCUCUCUACAAAUCACAGUCCCCUCCCUCACUUUCUCACUCUCUCUCUCUCUCUCUCCCUCUCUCCCCAGUCCUUUAGUGCCGUUUUUUCCCCUCUGCUCCCAUCUUUUGGAGUGUGUGGUAAUCGGCUUUUACAGCGGCGGCGGUUUUGAGUUGACACGAUGGUGCGGAAGAGGAGAACUGAGUUACCUGGUUCUGGUGAGAGCUCUGGGUCUCAAGAAACUGGAGGACAGGGUCGUGCCCAGCAUCCACAGCAGCUGCAGCAACAACAAGGCGGCUACCAAGGUGCUCAAGAAACUGGAGCACAGGGUCGCGGCCAGCGUCCACAGCAGCAACAGCAACAAGUCGGUUACCAAGGUGCUCAAGAAACUGGAGCACAGGGUCGCGGCCAGCGUCCACAGCAGCAACAAGGCGGCUACCAAGGUGGAGGAAGAGGCUGGAGGCCGCAGCAGGGAGGAUAUGGUGGCCGUGGUGCUGGUGGACCUCCACGUGGUGGAAUGGCCCCUCAACAGUCAUAUGGCGGAAUGGCCCCUCAACAGUCAUAUGGUGGACAACCUGAAUACUAUCAGCAGGGCAGGGGGACUCAGCAGCAUCAACGAGGCGGAGGACCACCCCAGCAACAUGGCAUAGGUGGCCGUGGGGCACCUUCUGGUGGGCCUUCUAGGCCACCAGCACCCGAGCUGCACCAAGCUACCUCCCAGACUCCAUAUCAAGCUGCAAUGACUACUCAGCCUAUACCUUAUGUAAGACCAACUGAAACAUCCUCGGAAGCUGGUUCCUCAUCUCAGCCACCUGAGCAGGCAGCUCUACAAGUGACACAACAGUUCCAGCAACUUGCUUUGCAGCAAGAAGCGGCUCCAACGCAAGCAGUUCCACCUGCAUCAAGCAAAUCACUAAGGUUUCCCCUGCGUCCAGGGAAGGGGAGCAAUGGUAUGAGAUGCAUAGUCAAAGCCAAUCACUUCUUCGCAGAGCUGCCUGACAAAGACUUGCACCAGUAUGAUGUCACAAUUUCUCCAGAGGUGUCGUCACGUGGCGUCAACCGUGCUGUCAUGGCGCAGCUGGUGAAGCUGUACAAAGAAUCUCAUCUUGGGAAGAGACUUCCAGCUUAUGAUGGACGGAAAAGUCUAUACACUGCAGGACCCCUUCCAUUUGUUCAAAAAGACUUCAAAAUAACUCUUAUUGAUGAUGAGGAUGGGCCUGGUGGCGCUAGAAGGGAAAGGGAAUUUAAAGUCGUGAUCAAAUUGGCUGCCCGUGCUGAUCUUCAUCACUUGGGAAUGUUUUUAGAAGGGAAGCAGGCUGAUGCACCUCAAGAGGCGCUUCAAGUUCUGGAUAUUGUUCUGCGUGAGUUGCCAACAUCUAGGUUUUGUCCUGUGGGCCGUUCUUUCUAUUCCCCUGAUUUAGGGCGAAGGCAACCAUUGGGUGAAGGUUUAGAGAGUUGGCGUGGGUUCUAUCAAAGCAUUCGCCCGACACAAAUGGGCUUAUCACUGAACAUCGAUAUGUCUUCCACUGCAUUCAUUGAGCCACUGCCAGUCAUUGAUUUUGUGACACAGCUUCUGAACCGAGACGUGUCAUCUAGACCACUGUCUGAUGCUGACCGUGUAAAGAUCAAAAAAGCUCUGAGAGGUGUGAAGGUGGAGGUUACUCAUCGUGGAAAUAUGCGGAGGAAGUACCGCAUUUCGGGUUUAACAUCUCAAGCAACAAGAGAGUUGACCUUCCCUGUUGAUGAAAAUGGUACAGUGAAAUCUGUAAUUGAAUAUUUUCGAGAAACAUAUGGGUUUGUAAUUCAGCAUACCCAGUGGCCUUGCCUACAAGUUGGAAAUCAGCAGAGACCUAAUUACUUGCCAAUGGAAGUCUGCAAGAUUGUGGAGGGACAAAGGUACUCAAAGCGCUUGAAUGAGAGACAGAUCACUGCACUUCUGAAAGUGACCUGCCAGCGUCCCCAAGAGAGGGAGCGCGAUAUUCUUGAGACCGUACAUCAUAACGCCUAUGCUAAUGACCCAUAUGCCAAGGAGUUUGGUAUUAAGAUUAGUGACAAGUUGGCACAAGUUGAGGCUCGUAUUUUGCCUCCACCUCGGCUUAAAUAUCAUGAUAAUGGUCGAGAAAAGGACUGCCUGCCACAAGUUGGCCAAUGGAAUAUGAUGAACAAGAAAAUGGUAAAUGGAGGGACGGUGAACAAUUGGAUCUGCAUAAACUUUUCUCGCAAUGUGCAAGACAGUGUUGCUCAUGGGUUUUGCUCUGAGCUUGCACAAAUGUGCCAGAUAUCUGGCAUGAAUUUCAAUCCAAAUCCUGUUCUGCCACCUUCGAGUGCACGCCCUGAUCAGGUCGAAAGAGUCUUGAAAACUCGAUUUCAUGAUGCUAUGACUAAGUUGCAGCCGCAUGGGAGAGAGCUUGAUUUGCUAGUUGUCAUCUUGCCAGACAAUAAUGGAUCUCUUUAUGGUGAUCUGAAGCGUAUAUGUGAGACUGAACUAGGAGUUGUCUCACAGUGCUGUUUGACAAAACAUGUAUUUAAGAUGAGCAAACAGUAUCUAGCCAAUGUAGCGCUGAAAAUCAAUGUGAAGGUGGGAGGGAGAAACACUGUGCUUGUUGAUGCAAUAUCGAGGCGAAUUCCUCUUGUCAGCGACCGGCCUACCAUCAUUUUUGGUGCAGAUGUCACCCACCCUCACCCCGGGGAGGACUCUAGCCCAUCCAUUGCCGCGGUGGUUGCUUCUCAAGAUUGGCCUGAGAUUACAAAGUAUGCUGGUCUAGUGUCUGCUCAGGCCCAUAGGCAAGAGCUUAUUCAGGAUCUGUACACGACUAGGCAAGAUCCUGUUAAGGGGACAGUUGCUGGUGGAAUGAUUAAGGACUUACUUAUAUCCUUCCGACGAGCUACUGGACAAAAGCCCCAGAGAAUCAUUUUCUACAGGGAUGGUGUCAGUGAAGGACAAUUUUAUCAAGUGCUUCUUUUCGAACUUGAUGCGAUCCGCAAAGCAUGUGCGUCUUUGGAGCCAAAUUAUCAGCCCCCAGUUACAUUUGUUGUGGUUCAGAAACGACAUCACACAAGGCUUUUUGCCAAUAACCACCGUGACAGAAAUGCAGUCGACAGGAGCGGGAACAUUAUACCCGGUACUGUUGUAGAUUCAAAGAUAUGCCACCCGACAGAGUUUGAUUUCUAUCUUUGUAGCCAUGCUGGCAUACAGGGUACGAGCCGUCCAGCUCACUACCAUGUUCUAUGGGACGAGAACAAAUUCACAGCCGAUGCGCUGCAGUCGUUGACCAACAACCUCUGCUAUACAUAUGCAAGGUGCACACGUUCCGUCUCCAUCGUUCCCCCUGCAUAUUAUGCACAUUUGGCAGCUUUCCGUGCUCGGUUUUAUAUGGAGCCUGAGACAUCUGACGGUGGUUCAGUAACAAGUGGGGCUGCUGGUGGCAGAGGGGGUGGUGCAGGAGCUGCUGGAAGGAACACCCGAGCCCCAGGUGCUGGUGCUGCUGUUAGACCUCUUCCUGCGCUCAAGGAUAAUGUGAAGAGGGUUAUGUUCUACUGCUAGUCUUAACAAACAAGCUAUAGUUUGGACUUUAGCUGACAAUGCAUCCUUUGGAGCCAUCGACUCUGUUAAUUGUGGCUUUAUCAUGCCUGUUUGGUUUUUGCGUUUUCCUAUAAAUCAUAGUUGUAACUGCUUGGCUUCUCCUAAUAUUUGUUACUAUUAAUGCCGGAAAACUAGUGUUUGUGAUGACUUGGUUUUAAGCAGCGCUCUCCUUUCUAGAUU